AUAGUACUCGAAGGAAUCUUGGAUGCCAGAGGAAGAACUUGGAGAGUUCCCUUGAGCAAGGUGUUGUUUCAUUAAAUUAUAUUAUAUAUCAAAUUAUCUUGCCUCUUUGAUGUGUGUGUUACGUGUUCAGAGCGCACUCGCCUUUCUCCAGCGGCUAAGCCAGGCUAAAUGUACUGAAAACACAAGAAAACAGAUAAACAUUGAUUGAGAAGAUGCUGCAGACGAGAGUUUCCAUGGAAACGACCCGGGAGUUUGAGCGUAAUAGAGAAUUAGCUUCACAACUUAGUUUAAAUUUUGUCUUAUAUAUUAUUUCAAUCAGUGGUUGUUUUGGGGUUCCGGUGUGUGUGUAGAGAUGCCGAUAUCGAAACAGUAUGGGUCUGACUCGCUGCGGAAAGAUCGUCAAGUACAUUAUGUUUGCCCUCAACUUCUUCAUGUUUUUGGGUGGUAUUGGUCUUCUUGCAUACGGCAGCUAUAUAAAAAAUAACAACGGACUACCAAUUCUGGGAAUCUUGACGAUCAUUCUAGAUUAUGUGCAUUUAUCGUUUCCAUGGUUACUCAUCAUGGCGGCCAUCAUUUGUAUCCUUGUGUCCUUUCUGGGUUGUUGUGGGGCUGUUAAAAAGUUCAGAGGAAUGUUGACAAUGCAUUUCCUUCUUUUACUGGCUAUGUUCAUUGGUGUCAUCGUAAGCGGAGUUUUGGGUUACCAAUAUAAACAAACAAUAGAGUCAGCUAUAGUAUCACAAAUGGAGGCAUCCCUUAACAGCUCGUAUGGAGUGGAUGACUACGUUACUCGGACCUGGGACACACUGCAAUCCACACUCCGGUGCUGUGGUGUAGAGGGAGACGAAAACUCUACCAAUUCCUGGUCCUUUUACAAGACGUCCACUGAUUGGUUCAAAAGUCAAAGGGGGGACCCCCGUUAUGUUCCAAACAGCUGCUGUAGGUACCCAGGGGAUUUGUACAACCUGACCAAUUGCGUCGGUCUACGUGACAGAGACCGGCGUCAGGCUCCCGCCGGUGGCCCCCCGGUACUACAUGUACCUUCCAUGAGAAACGAUCAACUCUUUACCAAGGGCUGCUGGACAACAUUACUUAACAUAGUGAACAAUAAGAUUUGGAUUGGUAUGGUCAUGAUUACCCUUUCAACAUCUCUAAUGCUAAUUGGUAUGAUUUUGUCAGUGUGUUUGUGCAAAAGGAUCGAGGAGCAGAUUUAUGAAGAUGAAGAGGAAAGAUUUCAGAAUUUAGCUAUGUAGCAAAAAGAAUAAAUACGUGAACUAUCUUUUAAAUUACUGAUUGUAGAAAUUCAACAUCAUGUAAUUUCAUUAUUUAAUUAAUUUACAAAGCAAACUUUGUUUAUGUCUGUAAAUUAUAUAAUUAAAAAUACAGUAUGAAAAUAUUCUUUUCUUUUAAAUCCCGGUACCGAUUUAAAUAAUCUGCGUAAAAUGUGUGAAAAUUUAUUAUUAUCAACACGACAUAAAUGAAAAUAAAGCAAGUUUAUUAGAGCUUUUGAUGAAAAUCACAGUAUUCUUCUACUUGAAAUAAGAUGGUUGAAAGAUGUAUUUUUGUGGGUUUUUCUCUAUUAUAAUAAAUAUAUAAGAACAUUAAUCAAAGACAGAAACGAAUCUCUCUCUCUCUCUCUCUCUCUCUCUCUCUCUCUCUCUCUCUCUCUCUCUCUCUCUCUCAAA